GGUGACGCUUAUGACAUUUCCUAUGUUUGUGUUUGCGGCUUGCGGUUCGUGCCUAUCCUCAAUCCUCUGCAUAGAGAAAAAAAGAAUCUUCCUUCUUUCACUUCUUAAAUACUGAUAAGUAGUGAGGAUGAGAACAGUCUUCAAUGAAAACAAGAUUUUACACGUUACAUCGUUACGUAGUGACUGUUCCCGUUAUCAACCCAAAUAAUCUGUAAAUGUGUAAAACUAAUCCGUCAGUCGUUAUCAACUGAAAAUAGAGGUUACUCAUAAGGUGAAUUCUUGACGUCCGGAUUGUGGUCCGAAUAUCUUAUUGAUAAAGGUUGUGAGCGCGAGUGAUCUAGUUCAACGAAUUAGCGAUUUUAUUGAAAAUAACGGAAUAUACGAUACACAGGUUAACAUUGACAGUUUUAUAACUGCGUAAUGAUAUGAAAUCACACGGUUUUGUCAAUUAAUUAAUGAGUCAGUUUCUCCUUAGACAUUCCGUCACGUUAGUGUGUUCGUGUCAUAAUUACAAUAAUGUGGAUGCCCACACACGUACAAGUAACAGUCCAAAGAGCCUCAGGAUUAUUAACUAAAGGAAAACACAACAAAAAUGAUUGUUUUGUUACGAUUGCCUUGGGAAAAACUAAAUACCAAACAUCAGUCAAGGAAAAAGCAGACCCUGAUGUUGAAUGGCAUGAAGAAUGCGAAUUACCCAUUCCAGACCAAGGAAAUACAGCCGAGAUUAUUUUAACAGUGUUACAUCAUAAUAGCUUUGGAGUAGAUGAAUUUCUUGGGAGAGUUGCCAUACCUUUGAAUACCUUAGAUAUUUAUGAACGCCCUAAAAAUAAAUGGUAUGGACUUGAGGCUAAGCCAGGUAAAGUGGGUAAGGCAAAGGAGCGCGGUCACCUAGAAGUAAAAAUUGGUUUUACUGUCAAAUCUGGAAGUUUAACAGAUUUAAGUAAAAAGGAGAAACACAAGUCUUCAUUGUCUCACGUAGCUCAAUCAGUGGGUGGUAGUUUAUUAAGUCUUGGUAGUGCUGAAAAACGUAAAGGCAUAAAAAAAUUUGCCAAGUCGAUCGGUUCAAAAAUGCAUCUAAGGAGUAAGAAGAAAGAUGGCGAUUUAGAUGACGGUUCAUCCAUCGGUAGUGUGGGUAGUUUAAAACGUAAUUUCGAUAAAGUAAAUAGUCGACAAACUAAAGAAGACGCUGAUCCCGGGGUUGUUAGCGACGAAGAUGAAUUUACUUUCGAUGAUUUGUCUCAUAAAAGCUCCAUAAGUUCAUUGAAUCAGCCAACUAAUCAUGGAUUGAGUCAUUCGUCUGUUGAGAACUUAUCAGGUGAUAUUAACAAAACAAACUCGGUAUCUCCUGCAAAACCGCCAAGGAGUGAAUCCAAGCCUCAAGACGAAUGGGAAUCCAAACUUUUCGGCAAACAAAGCAAUAAAGGUUUUCUUAAACCAAGUAGUAGCGAAUCAUUGAAUAGAAGAUCGUGGGAUUCUUCAAAACUAGAAUCACAGAUUGACGAAGAACCUUCUGAAGUGACGGUCAUUAAGGAUGACAUAAAUGUAAAAUUAACGAAAUCGCCAGAGAUUGUCAAGAAAGAGGAGAAAGAGAAAGAUGGGAUGUUUUCAAAAUUGAAACAUUUCAAAAAAGAUAAAAAUGAAUAUGACACAAAACGUGAAAAAACAUUCAGUAAUUCAAAUGAACGUAUUAUUAUAGGAGGAGAAAAAGAUGUAAAUUAUUCCUACAAUAGCCAUGUGUCCAACGAAAUUUUACAAAAGUUUGAAGGCAAAUCCCGUGAAGAUUUGAUUUUAUUAAUCUGCGACUUACAGAGCGACUUAGAUUCACAGAAGAGGAAGUUGAAAGACUUGGAAGAUUAUUUAGAUGACUUACUUUUAAGAGUAAUGGAGACGACUCCCAGAAUCCUUCAAAAUCCUUAUGUAACUUGUAAGUUUUCACAUAAGCAACUAAGUGGUUAAUCAUCAAAUGGAAAUAAGAAAACUAGGUGCCUAAAACCGGUGCUAAUUUCUGUUUUUGUAAAAAGCUUUUUCAUGAAAAAUGCUGUGAUUAUUAUUUAUUUUUGAAUACUGAGACAAAUCUGUUGGAAACUUUGUAGUGACAUCCGUCCAAUGCGUUUAUGUUCAAAGACCAAAUAUCUUCUUGUGUACAUACGAAUUUUGUCAGUUUUGUAGUCCAUAUUUUUACACGAAUGUCUUCCUUUGACGUAAUUAAUUCUUUUUGUGAACAUUUUAUUUUAUUUAACAUACAUAUUAACGACUUUGUUCUGGUGUUUUGUAAUUUAUAUUUUAUAUAUAGAAGGGUCGAAUAAAUUAACAAAAUACGAAGUUUUAUUACAAAA